CGUCAUGGAUAUAAAUGUCAAGGACUUAAUUUCUGAAGUUUAUAAACGACCAGUGUUGUGGGAUCGCACAAGUACAAAAUAUCGGGACCGAAAACAGGUGGAGAAAAAUUGGAGCGAAAUUGAAGAAACAUUGGAGACACCAAAGGACUGUUUAAAGAAAAAGUGGAAAAAUACUCGAGACCAAUUCCGAAAUGAGUGCAAGAAAAUGCCAGGUGCCAAAUCAGGAGAGUAUGGAAAUUUGGAGAAGCAUUAUAAAAAGUACACAUCUUGGCCACAUUUCAAAUCUCUUCUUUUCCUAACAAGUCAAAUGAAGUCACGAUCAUCUCUUGCUAAUAUAGAGUCUUCCUCAUCAAAGUUCGCUUCAGAAUUAUCAUUAGAUGAAGAAUCCUUAGAUGAAAUAUUAUUUGAAAAUGUCCAGGAGUUGCGUGAUUCUGAGGAAAAAAAGAUCGCCAAAUUAAAUGUUUCUGACGAGUUGUUAGCCAUUGAGCAACAGAAAGAAGCGUUAAUUGAAAAAAAAGUAAACACACAAAAAGAUAGAGACGACGACGAAGCGUUUUUCGACAGUUUGUUACCGUAUAUGAGGAAAAUGGAAAUGAUGGAAAAAUUACGAUGUCGAAUGGAAAUUCAACAAAUUAUUUACUCUUUUUUCGUCGGGAAAGGUAGUGCUCCCCCGCACAUUUAAAUGUUAAUCCAUUAAUGUGUAAAUUCACAUCAUAAUAUAAAUUAAAAUAAAACUUUGAAUACAUAAUUUCUCACAAGGAACAGUUGAAUGAACUCCAAAAUUUGUCCAACAUCUAACCAUUUCUAUU